GCCUGCUUCGCCAAUCGUCGUGCCGGACAACCUCGAGAAGAGGAUCGAGCCCGAGAACAACGGGGUUCUCAUCGAAUGGGGACAUGAUCCGUCGUUCUCUCUGCUCGGAAGGGCAGACGAUAGUGGUAGCGGUAGCCCAUCUGUCGUUCGGGUCACUCAUAGCAUGGAUCUUAACAGUACUCAGACGAGUAGGGACUUGCUCAAGGUCGUCAAAGGCUAUGCAAAGUCGAAUGUUCCCAUUACCGUCUGGGUUGACCUGCGCUUUGCGGGGGGUCCUGAUGAUCGCAAACACUUUGGCAAGCUAUGGUCUUCUUUCGUCAACUUAAGCACCGGAUUGGAUUUGAAUAACUGCCAUUACGUCCUGAUUGCUCCCUGGGAACAUUUCUCAUGGAAGAUGGAUCGAGUUGUCAAGUGGUGUUCCAAUCAUGAGUGUACGAGUUUUGAACUUCUUGAUGGCGAAAGAUCAGGCAAUUUAGGUCAUUGGAGAUUGCAUACUUCCCACAAGAAUUUGCCAAAUGAAGUGAUGAAUUAUUUUCAUGGCUGUAAGCUCAAGAACAUUUCAGAGCCACAAUUUCCUGUUCGACAAGCUGCUGUUGCGGUACAAGUUACUCUGAGCGAAGAACCAAUAGGAAGCGCAGCAGUGAUGGCAUCCUCUUUGCCCACCGUUUCUCUGGAGGAGCGUCGCCGACGCAUCGAGGCUUUCCGCAGGGCUCUUAAGGACCCUGAUUGCCUCGCGGAAGCGAUGGCCUUCGAGGAACCGGCAUAUUUCAAGGAUGCCUAUGGCGUUGUGAAGGAGGCGUACCAGUACAAGCUGGUGGAGCCUGCGGAGUCUGAUCCGCCAGAGGCCAUUUUCCUCGGCCGUAUCCGAAACGGCGAGUGGAUUGGUCUGCGGAAGCAGUACCCCUAUGCAGGUUUUCCCCUCCUGUAUGAGAUGUGGCACCGCCAUUUCAACAGCCCGGCUCAUCAGGGAAUGCCGAUUGAGGGCUUCGAGCUCCAUGGCGAUUCCCUCCUGACGGAGUGGACAGAACUUGUCAAAGCUUAUCUCCGCGACCUGGCUUAUGUGGGGCAUGCCACAAACGCCGAACGGGCUCUCAAGGCCACUGAGCCGUUUGAUGUCUGUCACAGAGCGUAUGUGCUAUCCCAGGAAACCCUGGGCUACCACGAGUUAAUGCCAGCUGCCACGGCGUUGUUAGACUCGGUGUAUACUCCAGCCCUCCGAAGAAUCGAGCAUCAAGAGCAACCAAGCUCGUAUUUUAUUAUCGGAGGAGACAGCUCUCUCGCGUUGGUGACCCGCGGCGACGGUGGACGUGUCCUGAUGAAGGGGACGAUGGAACCGUCACUCCGGGAGGAGAUGACCAAGGACAUUCGCAUGGAUGGAUGUUCGGUCGUCAUGCGCUGGGGAAAAGGGCUUGGAGACAUCGUGUGGCACGUGGAACAGGAGCUCAACCGAGUCCAGAAGUGGAAGAACGGCCAGGACCCGCUCGCACCGGAAGGUGUCGACAUUAUCAUCCAAUGGGGUGGUAAUGACGUCUAUGGCGAGUAUGGGUACAAAGGCUUUUCCUUCCACAUGCGCAAUGCGUGGGUUCGUGUUGAUGAUGCAUUGCAUGACACCCUUUCCAAUUGGGAGACCAAGGGACGCAAGGCCGUCGAGGACGCAAAAGAUGCCCUGGUCCGUCUCUCAUCCCGGAAGGGAGUGUCCUCUGUCACGUUGGUGGCUGGCCCCCACAACGGGGAAUUCUACGGGCUCCCAGAGGUCUACGACCUGGAGAUGGCUCGCCACUCCGAUGAGCUGAAGGAGCGAGGGAUCCGCAUAGUCGAUCCCCAGGCUCACAUCCUUUCGACAGAGCGUUACGAUGGGUUUCACAUGGAGGCUACCCACGAUAACGUGAAGGUAACCACUCGCUGGUUCUUUCACAUGUGCUCUGCAAUCAUGUUCGAGCGGUGGCUUGUGAAGCACGCGAUGGAGCUUAAGGCCAAUUCGCGUGGCAUCCUCUUUCACAACCACUUUCACCUCGGACUCGGCUUGGAAGAGCUCGACAUCCCUCCUACCACGGACUUGCUCAUCCCGGCGGAAGCUGAGAUGGUGACUUUCCCACCUGAGGCACCGCCCGUGCAACGUUUCCCAGAGGAGGAGAUUGUCUUGAACCAGCCGAUCCUCAGCUUGGAAAAGCUUGACGAGCUUGAGGGUGUACCGCCCACUGACUAUGUCAAUGAAGUGGCGAAAGAGUCAGAGGAGCUCACGGUUGAGGAUGUAGUGUCUCGUAACCCGAAUCCGGAGGACGAGCACCUCACCGUGGAAGCGGUUGACCCCGGCUCGGAGAUGGAACAAAUCGUUCGGAAAAUGAUUGAGUCGGUGAACCUGGUGAUGACGGAUAAGGAGGCUGAAGAGGUCGCCCAGGAGACGGGUGUUGCUCCAUACGAGUUUGUUGAGCCGAAUGUCACAGCUACAUCUGUCAUGGAUGGUGAGGCAGUCUCUACGAUUGCUACUUCCGACAUCCCGACGGAAGUCUGGGACUCCGGUCCGAUGGCUGUGGACUACGGCGCAGACGAUGAAGUGGAGCAUCCCCGCGGAAGUGGUGGACCCAUCUGGCUUACACCGGAUCAGCUACCUGAUGUCAAGGGUCGCAUGGGAUACUUUCGCCUCAAUGAGAUGGAGUGUGUUUCGUUGGGCAAGAAGCUGUCGUGGCACCUGCGUGGGCAUGCCAAGGACAAGGGAUUCCGCACUGUUGAGUUCGACGAAGAGCAGUCAGCAGAGAUUGGUGAUGUUUUGAAGGUCAUUGGGAAACAGUGGUCCCGCCUGACGGUGAUGACCAUCAUUGACCUGUUGACGUCCGAUCACUGUGACAAAGCACGGUUCGAACUCCAGGCGGAAGCCUUGGACGAGGAGACGCGGUUGGGCCGGGGAACAAACUGGCACUUUACCCGUGUCCGAGCAUUCCAAGGACACAACGCCUGCUUGCUCGUCCUCGACAGCGACCCGCUGAAGACCACUGUCAAACAGUGGGCCCUCGAUGAUCAGUGGAUCCCGUCCUAUGUUGAUCUACCGAUCACUGGUCCGUAUCCUUAUCGGGCAACGGCCUUCGAUCUGAUGCCAAAGCUGGCGUAUCACGCCACAUACUGGCGAAAUUUCAUCAAGAUCGUCAACACAGGCCUCAUCCCGGGAGGGAAAAUGACCUCGAAGGGCAACAGCGGAAGGCCCUUCAGCAUGUUCGCGAUGGAGCCUCAGUGGGAACGCACCUCCAAUCAGGGCGUCCGCCCUGGCGCGCAGCUGGAAUUUGUGAUAGACUUACAGCUCGCUGCUUGCGAUGGCUGUCGGUUUUUCGAGACAAAAGCUGGAGCGCUGCAGACGCCGGAUUGGAUCAGCAACCGGGCCAUUCUGUAUGCAUAUGACCGGUCGACUCAGGAGAUGAUCUGGGCGAACCGAGCAUACGAACCGGCGCGGAAGCGCUUGGCCCAGGCGUGCAAAGACAAGAGCCUCAACACGCCCAUUUUUGGCGAGCGGGGUCACCAGGAACUGAUCGAUGCAAAUGGCUAUUGCUUCAACUACCUCGUUGCAGGCCUAGGGUAUCGCAAUUUCGACACCUGGAAAGACGCCGCUAAGGCAUGCAAGGAUGUCUAUGACCUUGAUUUCUACCCAACAAGCAUGUGUGGUCUAGACAUUCGCAUCCCGGAAGGGCAUGCCUUGCAGGGCUCUGAGUCGUUGUACAAGAUGGUGGUUCACGUGGCUCCGAAGCACCCCCAUCAGAAAUGCAAUGAUGAAUCGGAUUGGCGCCGCCAAGAGAAUGUCAGCAUUCCUUCUUUUGCUUGCCCGAGCUGCGGUACAUCCAACGUUGAUGGUACAAUCUGCUGCUAUCGAUGUGAGUCUCGACUGGAACCGCACUCAGAUGUGAGCAUGGCCUUGGAGAACACCCGUGCAAAGCAAGUUGCCGCCCGGAAGGGUGAGCCCCUGGAUUACAGGGCAUUGCAACCAAGCGGGGAGGUCAACUCCAAUCGGGCUACGGGCAACAAGAGGGAUCGAAGUGCUGGCUCUGGCCCAGCCGCUGUUCGUCAGCAGGCCGCUAAGUACCUCGGAAAGGCCUUAAAGGCGGGUUCUCGCACUGUUGUUGAGCGUCAGUCUCGUGAUCCGUUCACGGCCUACAACAAUGCAAGAUUUGGCAUAUCCAUCACGGGGCUUGAGCAACUCAUGAUUUUCGCCCGAAUGAGGAUCGCCAACCCGCCGAGGUCACGCCAGAUGAUCCAUGACCGCACCGGCUUUGACGGCGCAGCAAAGGUGAGCUUCUCAUUCCCACCGGAAGGUGAGGACCUGACACUUACGGACCACUGCUUUGUGGCGUUCGUGGACAGGUUCUACAAGCUUGACGAAGCCGCCUUGCUAGCGUUUGCCGUCCAUCGCAAUGGCUACGUUAUGGACAUACUGGGCUUCAGCGGUCGCAUCUUGAAGCCGACCGGUCCAGUGGUACAGAUCUUGGCUAGGAUUGUGGGAUUCUUCCAAGACGAGGUACGAUAUGCAGUUGAGCGCGGCGAACAGGUGCCUGAGCUGGUCUUACCUGCCAAUCAGGAACUCCGCGUCCCGGAAGGGCUCGCCUCUCUUGGGGACAGACAGCUGAACGAGCUUCUCAUCAACACGAAGUUCGCGAGACAGCUCCCCGGCGCCAAGGGCGUCAAUGAGAGGAUCGGAUAUGCCUUUCGAGCAGGGAGGACGGAGAUCAGAGGCAGAUCAUCUCAGCCACCGAUUCCUAAGGCGAGGCCUACUACUCGAGCGACUGGCAGUGCACAGCGAGCUGGCUCAGUUCCCCCGAAGCCACGAGCACGCCCACGCGACCCUUCUCCGGGAGUGGCAGCUACCCGUCUGCGGCCAACCGAGCCCAGCUAUCCGCCACCCGGAAGGGAUGUGCCAGGAUCGUCAACGGAUGCACCGAUGCGUCCGCCCGAGCCAAAAGGGCCUCCACCAACGACCUUGGUUGUCGAUUCAAGGGGGAACCCUAUUGACCCAUCGCAGUCGCGCCGACCGUACUUCACUCGGCAUGAUGCGCUGCUUUGGGCUCGCCUCAAGGCAUCUCGGGACAAGAACGUUCCCAGAGGAAUGGAAGAUCGUGCGGUACCAGCUUUUCACGAUUUGAACGACUUCCACCUCCUGGCACCGGAGCAUGUGGGCUACUUCCUCGCUGGCUGGAAAGAGACCCAAAAUGGGGGGGCCCUGGAGCCGCCAGAAGACCCGAGUCAAGCCUUCGAUGCAGAUUUCUCGCCUUCGCCGGCAGAAGAUUUGGAUCGUGGUCCUAAGAUCUCUGCCGAGUUCCGCGAUCUGGUUGAGCGGCUUGUGCAGCUGCACGUGACUGAGCUGUCCGCGUGCAAGACGGAGUCAGGCCGUUAUGGCCACAUCCAGGCUCCAACUCAGCCGAAGCCUUCGCGGUUGAAGAACCGGAAGCCUCAGAGAAGGCGUUCCAUGAACGCGGAGGACGUCUUGACAGCCUGGGACAAUGAGUACAACAACGACAACGGCAACAUGAACCGUCCUUUCCAGAUACAGACGACAGCGGAUUUCAGUGAGUCUUUGACAACGUCGAAGAACACGAAGUCAUCCAAAGGUGCAGAGUCUGGACCUCCCGUCCCAUACGGUUGGAGGCGGCGCCCGACGUAUGAGGAGUUCCAGGACUUCCUGCAGUCCAGCAAGUUUGAGAUCCUGAUGACUUCAGUGCUGGGCCUUCACGUGCUCUGGAUGGCGAUGGAGCUGCAACUCUACGGCUCUUUGAUGGGCCUUGACCUUGGCAUCCUUGAGACCAGUGAUGUGCCGAGAUCUGACUGGCAUCACUGGGAAACCGUCUUCCGCUACGGCGACACGGCCUUCACGAUCUUCUUCACCAUGGAUGUGGUAAUCCGGGUGAGCAUUCUUAAGCUGAAGUUCUGGAAGGUCUGCCUGAACUAUGUGGACGUGGCUGUGACCGUCGCGUCCCUUUUCGAGCUCACUUCACGCGUGUUCCUCCUACCGGUGAACCCGGUCCUUUUCCGGCUACUUCGGAUUUUCAAGUUGGCACGAGCUCUUCGAAUGGUGACCAUGACGAACGUCCUGUCAUCUCUCCAAUUGCUCAUCAAAUGUUUGAUGGCGAGUAUCGAUAUGCUCUUCUGGACGUUCUGCUUGCUUACCUUCUUGCAGUGCGUGGCGGGCAUGAUCGUCAGCACACUCUGCCGUGACUUCAUUGAGAACCCAGAUUUCCUCCUCGCGACACGUGAAGAAGUGUACCGCUAUUAUGGUAGCUUUACACGUACUUUUUUGACGAUGUUUGAAAUAUUAUUCGCUAACUGGGCCCCACCCUGUCGAGUCCUCUUGGACAACGUGAGCGAAUGGUUCUCUCUGUUUUUCCUGGUUUAUCGAUGCAUCAUUGGAUUUGCAGUGUUGAAUGUCGUAAAUGCGGUCUUCGUGCAGCAGACCAUGAAAACAGCCAGCUUCGACGAAGAGUUGGCCUUCAAGCAAAAGGAGAGGGACGUCAUAACCUACACCAACAAAGUUCGAAGGCUGUUUCAAACCAUGGACGAGACAGGGGACGGAACGCUGAAUUUCGAGGAGUUCUCCAAGCUCGUCACAUCGCCCAAGCUGAAAUUCUGGAUGAGUCAGCUGGAGCUGGACUAUCACGACCUCUUGAGUCUCUUCGAAUUUCUUGAUAAUGGAGACGGGGAGAUCACACUCAGCGAGUUCAUCGAGGGUGCGACUCGCCUGCGAGGUCAGGCCAAGGCCUUGGAUGUUUGGCGGCUGGAGACGAAAGUGGACCUAGUUUACUGCCAGCUGAUUUCGGAGUCUGGAAACGUGCCCAUCUGUGGAUGGGUUGUGGCGAAGCUUUCCGAAGACUUAGUGAUUGCAACGGCUGGUGCAGCCGUGGAAUCCUUAGAGCAGAAGCUGGUGGUGAGCGUAGGUGACGUGCAAGUUGGAAUCAUUCGAUUGCCUGGCUCUGCUGCCUCCUUGAGUGUACCCACGCGCUGGAAGGGCCUCCGUCCCGCUGCUUUGCCUACUUUGAGUGUUUCUCAGGCGGCAUGGAAGAAGACCAAGGACGCCCCGCCCGAGAGCAGCGACACUUCGGCCGCAGAGGCGGCCCCGCGCCGCAAGAAGGGGCUAGAGGCGGACCUUGCGGGAUUGACCGCGCUUUUCGGAGGAAAGGACGGAGCGGCAACCGACGACGAGGACGACGACGAGGAGGACAGCGAGGAGGAGCUCUUGCUGACCAAGGGACCGAAGCAUCGUUAUCUUCCGCCGGGAGGUGCUUCGUCCGGCGACCUGGUGAAGAAGGAGAAGAAGAAGAAGAAGGAGGACGGGCCGGCCUUGAUGCGCAAUCUGCUCAAGCAGGGCAUUGAAAAGGGCCAGACCGCCAACGACCUAAUGCCGAUGAUGAUGAUGGCCAUGAUGCUGGACCGGGACCGCGGGGAGCGAAAGAAGCGGAGAUCAAAGGCCUCCGGUUCCUUGGAUCCCCUUGGUGGCUUGGACUCCGAGAGCUCAAGCGACGACGAUUUGGGCAAGCGAAAGGACGGCAUGAAGGCGAUCGCCUCCCUGCAGAAGAUGCACCGGCGGAUCAUGGAGAAGCCGGGCAAGAUCUGCGAGGAGUUCGAGCGCGAGGUUAUCGAGGAGCUCGGCGUGGUGAAAGGCCAGGCCUGGACGUUGAAGGACUUCCUUCGAAAGCAGAGCUGGGGCAAGUUCACAGGGAUUUACCGUUGCGCUUGGAUGGAUGUAGCAGUGUACGAGUUGCUGAGGGCCAAUCGUCCCGACGCCGCGGCUGCCCAGGUGAUUCAAAACUUGAAAGCGAAACAGCAAAGUGUGAUCCAGAUGGGCGACUGGCAGGCGGCUUGGCUCCUCACAGGGCUGGCGGAUCCAUUGGCCAGGCGGGAGUUCGCCGGCUCCAAACAGGAAAUGUCGGUGGUCAGCUCCUACCUGUCGGCCUUGCACGACCUAAAGAAGAAGGUGCGAGAAGCUCACCAGACCGGCCACGGAGAGGCAGAGGAGGAGGAGCAGGGCGGUAUGUUGCUGGAACGGUCCAGUUCUCAAGAUGCUCCGCUCUUCCCGAGCAUGCUCCCGUACCCGGAGGUGAUCCUCCCUGAAGGUGUGCAUCUGGAGGCCGAGCCGGCGAAGAAGUGGUUUGCCAAGACCUUUGUGAAUACUUGGGUUUGUUGGGGCAACUUCGUGGCGCUGGGCUGCCCUUCAAUGCGUGGAGCUUGCAUUGAGCCGCGAGUAGCUUAUUACAACAUGGCAGAUGCGAGGGUGUUUGCUGAUAGGCUGCUUGGCGAGGUGGAGGAAUUCACAACUUUGGACUUAGCUUUGGGAAACCUUUCCUGUGAAGGCAAGAGAGGCACCAUUGAGAGUAUGCUCGAGCGAGUCCGAUGUACAGCGGGUGCAUGUUAUUCAGCUUUGGUCGGUCAGGUUGCUGCUCAGGAGGUGGCCGGGGCUCUCCCGGUUGUUGCGGCCCGUGUGGCCAUUCCCAAGGAGGCUGGCACCGUGGAUCCAUGCAAGUGGUUGCCGCCUGACCGGGUCGAGAUCUUUAGGCAGCUUCACGAGCUUCGCAAGCCAGAGUUUGCGUGGAGUGAUGUUGUGGUGGCCUGUCAUCGGGUACCUGCUUGUGAAGAGGCGGCCUUGGCUGAGCACUUGCUUCAGUCGAAGAUGGCGGUGCUGGUGCCAGAGGAGCAGCUCCCUCGUGACAAGGCGGGGCGGCUCAUGUGUGGAGGUCUGUUUAGUGUUCCGAAGAACGAGCUUGAAGACCGGUUGAUCUUUGACAGAAGACCAGAGAAUGCGACAAUGGAGCGAUUGCGGUGGGCACAGUUGCCGAACGGUGCCUGCUUCACCAGGAUGUUGCUGAAGCCCAACCAGUACCUGCGGGGCUCGGGCCAGGAUCUCCGGAACUAUUAUUACAGCCUUAUGCUUCCUGAUGGUUGGCUCAGGUUCAAUUCAGUCGGCCGUCGGGUCUCACAAGAAGUUGUCCGGCGACAUGGCGGGGAUCCUCGUAUUGCGUAUCGCUUAUGCUUUCGGGUUUUGGGGAUGGGUGAUGUCAACGGAUGCUGUAUCGCGCAGGCUGUGCAUGAGGAGGUGCUCCGCAGGCGCGGCGUGCUUCGUGAUGACAACAUCCUUGUGUAUGGGAAACCGGUGCCCGAGCAGGAUCUCUGGACCGGGGCCUAUCUCGAUGACCUGCUGGUUGCGCUGCGGUGUACGGUGCCCGAGCCGGUGCCUUUGGAUGGAACUUUUGUGCCACCCGAGCCGCAGGAAUCCGAUGAGGAUGUGCGGGCCAUUCGCGCCGCGAUCGCCGGCUACGAGGAGGCCGGGCUGCAGCGAGCAGUGCAUAAGGAGUUCAACCAGAUCGUGGACUUCAAAGCAUGGGGUGCUGAAGUGAAGGGGGUGAAGGGUACAGUGGGUGCACCCAUGGAGGUGCGUCAACAGCUGUGGGCGCUCCUGGCCAAGGUGGUGUCCUUGGGCUGGUGCACUCGUGAAGUGUUGCAACGAAUUGUUGGCUAUGUUUCGUUUGUCUUUCAGUUUCGGAGGGAGAUGUACUCAUUGCAGCAUCACAUCUACAAGUUCAUGGCAAACCUCCCGAGGCAGAAGUGGCGACGUAUUCCAGGCCAUGUACUUGACGAGUUGCGUAGCUUUGCCCUGCACCUUCCUUUCGCUUAUUUCUCCAUGCGGAAACGACUGGACCUGGAGGUGCUGGCGACCGAUGCGACUCCGACUUCGGGAGGUGCGGUCACGGCCCUGGUCUCUGAGGCUUUAGCGGACGAGCUUUGGCGUAAGUCAGAAGUUCGGGGUGAGCCGGUGCGGUUGGAUCGGAGUGAAGGCUUCCUCUCGAGUAUUGCGCCUCCUGCGGCGCCCUCCCAGUUUGCCAGUGCGGUGGCCGAGUCCUUGCCUUGGUCCGUCAUCAGCUCCUACUCGUUCCGCCAGACGUCCCACAUUAAUCUUCAGGAGUUACGUGCUCUUCGACGAGAAAUUGUUCGUUUGGCAUCAAGGAGCUCGGGGGAGGGGCAGAUCAAGCUUUGCCUUAACGACAGCCGGGUAGUGAUCGGAGCGGUGACGAAGGGGCGUUCCUCCAGCUAUAAGUUGAACGGGCUUCUUCGGACCAUGUUACCGUAUCUGACUGCUGCGAAUAUCACCUUGGCUUUGCUGUGGGUUGAGACUGAAUCCAACAGGGCAGACGCUCCUUCUAGAUUCGAGUCACUGCCGGCUCCAGUGCCGGCCCCUCCUUGGCUGCAGAGUUUUGGUGUGGACGCUUGGCGUGCAGGUGCCGGCCUAGAAGUGUUUUCCCGAGCGGGGCGAAUGACAGAGGCGCAUCGUGCUCUGGGGUUACUUAUGCUGGAGCCGAUCGACUUUACUUUAGGUCGUGACGUCUUCGACUCGGACAUUGAGGCCCGGCUUCGUCGACGCGAGGUGGCCUGGCUGUGGUUGGCUCCUCCUUCAAAGGGCUUCAAUCGUCGGUGGUGUGCCCAGGCCGGACCGGCGAUACGACCAAAAGGGGAGCCAGAAGGUGACGAGGCAGACCCGAGAACCUGGUGGGGCAAUCUUUUGUGGCGGCAUUCCUUGUACUUGGCCCAGGUCGCUCUCGACCACGGAGUGUUCGUCUUCUUGGAGCAUCCGAGGAAAAGUUUGGCUUGGGCCUUGCGGGACACUGAGCUGUUCCAACACCGUGCAGGGAUGAUCAAGCAUAGAGUGGAUUGGUGCAUGUAUGGGGAACACGGGCAUGAUCUCUCAGUGGGAAAUGCACAGAGUGUGGUGUUGUCCAAUGCUCCGUGGCUGGGUUCAGUGAUCCGACGCUGUGCUCAGAAGCAUGUGCACCCGAUCCCGGUUCGAGGCUCGAGUGCCAAAAGGUGUGAUCAUCCGUGGGGCUUCUGUGUCGAGCUCGCCAAUGCCUACCGUGCGUGGCUCCUCUCGAUGGCUCUUGCUUUGGGGGCGCCUUUGCGGCGCUCGUCGUCUCCAGGCCUUGUGGACCGGUGGCUGGAACGCUGCGUGGACCACGCUUAUCGCACAGGUGAGAAGCUCUACCGGGUUCGACUUGGAGUACUAGGUGUGCAGCGCAUCCUUAACAUUGCUGGUCCUUUAUUGCGCUCAACCUGGUCAGCUCUUCGGGGAUGGCGAGCGCUACAACCAGUGCGAUCCAGGGUGCCGAUCUCGUCUUCACUGUUGCAUGCGUUCCUGGUGGUGUCUUUGGCUCGUGGCAACGCCGAGGUGGGCCGUGCUCGCGAGAGGUGGUGGUCAGCAAUGCUGGCAGCUUGGCUCUCUUUUGAAGGUCUGCUUCGGCCAGGUGAACUUUGCCAAUUGCGAGCAGGUGACAUUGAUCUGCCGUUGGAUAGCCUCACCGCUGCCGAUGAAGGCCUCAUCCUGACGAUUCGGCAGCCCAAAACACGUCGGGUAUACCACACUCAGUUUGUCCUUGUGAAGGAACCGCGUUUGGUCAAAUGGAUGGUGUGGUGGCUUGAUGCUGUACCAUCAGGCAGAAAAUUGUUCAGGCUGGGGCGUCGAGAGUGGGCCCGCCUUCUGACGGCAGGUCUCUCAGCUCUGGGUGCAGACCAGAACGGCUACACCUUGGGCAGCCUGAGAGGAGGUGGAGCUACGGCCCAUUUUCGAGCUCAUGAGAAUCUGGCACGCCUUCAGUAUCAUGGACGUUGGGCCAGGUCGGAAACACUACGCUUUUACUUGCACGAGGCGUGGGCAGCCCAGGGGGAUGCUCAGCUCUCUGCAUCUAGCAAGGAGCGAGUGCGCAUGGUCUUGCAGCAUAGCCACUUCCUGAGUGCACCGCCUCCAUAUUCGCUCAAGAGGCGGAACAGGAGGAGCAGCAAAAGGAAAGUCGGGCUAGCCAACCAGGGUUCGUCUUCUUCCUGGUCACGCGUGGGCGGUGCAAAAGCGAGAGCAGCGGCGACUGAGAGGGACCCGCUUCGACGGGUGCAACCUCCUGCGGCCCAGCCUCUUGAGCACGUGCCAGCCUCGGCCGUGGUGCGCUACUCCUCGGUGAACUGUUACGUGGUUCUGGAGAAUCCGUUGCAGCCUACCCGGGUGGGAUGGAUCAUGACAACCUGGAAGACGCUCGAGGCAAGCCUUCCAAGCGGGCGAUUGUGCACCUCUCACGUCCGACUCCGUCGCGUCGACUCAGUGGAGGCCGCCAUGGCGGCGCAGUCGGCGGCUCAAAGUUUGGGGGAGCAUGAAGUGGAUCAAGGCUUAACUCCUGCGGAGAUUCUGCAAGAUCAACACAGCAGGGACUCAGCUUCACGAUGGAGGGCGGGAGAUGCCCGCCGUCGCAUCACAGCGGCCCUUGCUCGCUUGGUCAACUCACUGCAGUCCUGGACGACGGGCUCCACGGAGCGCGCUUCGACGCGCAAUGGGCCACAGCCGGUGCGCCCCCGGCCGGUGCAAGCGCUGAGGGUAGAUCCCUCAACUGCCGCGGCUUCCUCGAUGUGGUGGCCGCGGUACUCCUGGAUAAACAAGUGGACUCUCCUGGGGCUCAUGCUCAUGGUCCUCUUUCCCAAGGUGACGGCGCUCGUCUUCGGCUUGAUGGUGCGAUUGGUACUACGUGCCCUCUCGGCCCUCAUCUCGCACUUGGCUCGUGAGUUGUUCACUCAGAUCUUGGAGAUCACAGGGGACAUUGAAGCUCAGCUGGUGCACUUCUUGAGCGUCCAGCUUGGGUUGACAUCCGACUGGCAUCCCCCAAUGACGAUGCCAGGAGCACCAGCUCCGCCGGUCUAUCCGGCGUUUGCUCCGCCACCUGCGCCUCCAGCUGCCCUCCCAGCCCGCCCCAUGGACAUGAUCACCUUGGUGCUGGUGGCCCUGCAACUUCGCAAUGCCCCAGGUCUGGGGUGGGGUGGGGGACAAGGCUGA